UACACUUGCUCUACAGAGCUUUCCACCUAGAACUAGUUUUACUGCUGAAAAAUUGCAGAAAUGGACUCCUUUAAAAUUUUACUACUUCUAUAUAGCGUUUUUUGUUCUCAUAGUGGUUCUUCUCCCGUGAGUAAGUUCCAGCGUUCCAGCCUUAAUGGAAACAACCCCCCGAUCGCUUUUCGAGGCGAUGACGUACGUCGAAACACAAUUCAAACUCAAAACUUUUGGCGUGAUGUGAACUACAAGUGGCCAAAAGGCGUCAUUCCGUACGUGAUAAGCCCCAAAUACUCGUCCUCAGAUAAGCAAAUUGUUCUCAACGCAAUGGCAGAAUGGCAGCAAAAAACCUGUGUUAGAUUCAUCCUAAGAACAUCGAGUCAUCGCGACUACGUUGAAAUCACGCCGGAAGAUGGCACCUCGUAUUACUGCUACUCGUACGUGGGGCGUCAGGGGGGUCGCCAAUUUAUGAAGAUGUAUGGCGAAUGCCUCCGCCACGCGGCGAUGGUGCAUGAACUUGGUCAUGUGAUCGGUUUUAAUCAUGAACAACAACGUCCGGAUCGGGAUGAUUUUAUUACGGUUCAUUUGGAAAAUGUGGAUCCUGCUUAUCAUUACACCUACGAUAAGUUCAGCUCCGCCCAAGUUAACAAUAUGGGAACGCCGUAUGACUAUUCCAGCGUUAUGCACUACCCUUUCUUCGCAUUCGCCAAAACUUAUGACGAAUCCCGCCCCGCAAUGACGCUCAAGGACGGUUCGAUAAAUGCUAUUCGACGCGAGGCGGAAAAAUUGAGCCCCGUCGAUAUUAAAAAGGUUCAAGUGUAUUAUAAUAAUUGCAAAUAAGUAUGAAUCCACAAAUCUGCAUAUUUUCCCAAAGUCAAAAUUAUUUGAAAUUAAAUAAAGUAAAAAAUAUUACAGUUUGAA